CGUGACUGUCAAAUCUACAUAUUCUCUCUCUUUCUCAGUUUCUCUCACAAAUUCAGGCAGAGGGGUCUAUUUCUGUUUUCUCUCUACUACUGCUCCUCCUCCUCCUCCUCCCUCUCCCUCUCUAUUUGUCUUUCUCUCUCCUCCGGAGAUUCGAUUUAAUCGCCGAUCUUUUCUAUUGUUUCAAUCUCUGUCCCCACUCCCUCUCUUCUCUCUUACCCGCAAUAAUGUUCCCAGAUUUUCACGCACUGGCUUUAUUUUGAUUGAAUCCCAUUGACCCAGAGAUGGAGGGGGAUGCAUUUUCUGGCCUUGGUAACGGGACCCAAAUAGAUGGCAAGGUAUUGCAGACAUUUCAGAAGAGCUUUGUUCAAGUACAGAACAUUUUGGAUCAGAAUAGGUUGUUAAUCAAUGAGAUUAACCAGAAUCACGAGUCCAAGAUCCCUGACAACUUGAGCAGGAAUGUGGGACUAAUCAGAGAGCUCAACAACAAUAUCAGAAGGGUUGUUGAUCUUUAUGCGGAUCUUUCGACUUCUUUCACAAAAUCCAUGGACGCUUCAUCUGAAGGGGACUCAAGUGGUGCCUUUAAAUCAGAUGGAAAAGCUGGUCACAAAAGGAACAGGCCUGGUUAGAUAUAGUUCAAAGGUUUAGUGCCUCAUUCUUUCUAGUGGACGGAGUACACAAGAAGAGGAUGCACAAUUGUGUUGAGGUAGUCAGGGGGAACGUGUUUAAGGUUGCAUUACUCGUGAACUCUCAUUAGUGGCCCAUAAAAAAUAAUGGCUCAAAAAAUCUCUUAGAUUGUAUCUAUGUACCUGCAGAUCUAACUGAACAAGUACUCAUGUCUGUAUCAUCUAAUCUUGUGGCUUUUUACUGGUGUUCUUCUAGAAUAGAUGUUUCAUAGUAAUAAAGUUUUGAUCUUUGUUGAUAAUUGAGAUGAAUAAUAUAGCUUAUCUCUUUCUUUGGAGUA